AUGACAGAAGACAAGGCUUCAAGCCAGCUGCAAUCACAGCAAGGCGGACUGCUGGAUAAAAUCGAUGAGCUGAGGAAUAUCGGCGUUGGGGGCAUUGUCGAGCUGCCUCAGUUGAUUGUAUGCGGCAGCCAGUCAAGCGGGAAAAGCUCUGUCCUUGAGGCCAUCUCGCGUGUACAAUUCCCAGCAAAGGGUAGUGUAUGCACGCGUUUCGCAACAGAAGUCGUUCUCCGCCGGAGCCCUACACCCAAUAUCAAAAUAUCUAUUGAACCGGGUCCGUCCAGACAAAGUAAACAGGAACGCGAUAGACUUCGCGACUUUCGACCUGGGGCUUUUCAUGAUGGAAAGGACCUACCACCACUCAUCGAAAAAGCCAAAGAGUGUAUGGGUAUUGAUGAGGCAGAUCACAUGGGAUUUAGUGAUGAUGUUCUCCGAGUCGAAAUCUCUGGGCCGGAUAAACCAGAAUUGACACUGGUAGAUCUACCUGGCCUAUACAGUUCUACCAGCCAAGAUCAAAGUAAAGAAGGAAUUUCUAUGGUUCGCUCGCUCACCGAGAGAUAUAUGAGAAAUUCGCGAAGCAUUAUCUUGGCAGUAAUAAGCGCCAAAAUGGACUAUCAUCUGCAGGAGAUUUUGGACCUAGCAGAAAAAUUCGACCCUGGCCGAGAGAGGACGCUGGCAAUCAUUACGAAGCCAGAUUCACUAGAGGAACGCUCGGAAGAUGAAGAUAUCUACCUGCAGUUUAUGCAGAAUAAGAAGGUACACCUCAAACAAGGAUGGCAUGCCUUGCACAACCGAUCACACAAGACACGGGGUACCUCUGAUGAUGCUCGUGAUAGGUUAGAGAAGGAAUUUUUUGAGCGAGGACGCUGGGCUAGUAUCUCUCGUAGCUUUGUGGGGAUUGAUAGUCUCCGCCAUCGGUUAAGUCAUAUAUUGCUCAAUCAUAUUGAGGAGAAUCUACCACAAAUGCUGAGCGAGAUCGAGGAGAAAAUUAAUGAACGGAAACAAGAACUGUCAAAACUUGGAGAAUCUCGUUCAAAUAUUCGACAGCAGAAGGGCUUUCUUCAUAAUAUUAGCAGAACUUUCGACCACAUCACUGCCGAUGCAUUAUUGGGAAGAUAUACUGAUCCAUUCUUUGGAGAUGAAAUGGAGUAUUCACGACUUCGAGCUGUAAUCCGUGAAUUGAAUGAGCAAUUUGUAGAUGCGAUGAGCAUCGGUGGCUCUCGCCGGAUAAUCGUCAACAAGGGUGAAAAAGAAAGGAUAGAAUUGGAUCGUGACAAUGCCAGAUACAAUGGAUAUCUCAAGGACUGGUCUGCAAACUAUAUAUCUCGCGAUGAUCUUGAAAUCGAGGUUGCAGAAAGUGCGCGCAUGAAUCGAGGCAUUGAGCUUCCUGGUACUGCUAACCAACAUCAAGUUGGACGGCUGUUUCGCGAUCAGUCGAAUCCAUGGGAAGAACUGGCUCGAACACAUAUUACGGAAGCCUGGGGUGCUGUGAAAUGUUUUGUAAUGCUCGUCCUGCAGCAUCUUACAGAUAAACACACAUGUUCCCUCAUCUUCGUCAAAGUACUCGAACCCAAGUUGGAAACCAUGAAGAACGCCGUGUUGGAUAAGCUUGAAGAGCUAACUUCUCAUAUCAAACGUGGGCAUCCACUGCCUGUGGGCAGGGAAUUUCUUAUACGACUCCAAAAGGCAAGAAGUAUUCGCGAGUCACCGCAACUUUACGAACAACUGAAGGCAGCGGGUGUACAGGAGGAUCAGAGAUUAGUUUUUGAUCAAACUAGUCUCAAGAAAGUAUGUUCUCAGGUGCAAACUUCUGGCGAUGAGUUUGCUGCGACAGAUAUAAUCGACCAGAUGGUAGCGUAUUAUGAUACCGCCAUUGUAACCUUUGUCGACAACGUUGUAACUCUUGGAAUUGAGAAUUGUCUUCUCAAUCCAUUAAAGAGUAUAUUCACUGGGCAGACCAUCAACGAGAUGGACGAUUCCGAGGUUCAAGCCCUCGCCGCCGAACCAAUAUUUGUCCAGAAGGAGCGUGAACAUUUGUCUCGCGAGCUUGAGAAAUUGGAUAUUGGACGAAGAACACUGGCCCCCUUCGCCAGGACGGCGCGGUCACAUCCUCUUCGACCUGCCUUUGAUAAGAACGGAUCGGACUUUCUUCCCUCUUCUGGAGGCCAGAGCCCCUUCCAACCACCUGUCAAUGGAAAGCCAUCAGAAACAGGUGGUAGUGCAGGGACCAAAGGAUUAUUCAACCAGCAGAAUGGCACUCCGGUGAAAUCGAACGAGAAAACCCCUCCUUCAACCCUCUUCUCUAGGUCAUAUGGCAGCCCGAAUCCAUCAGACACCAACGGUAUUUUCUCUUUCAAUAUCAAACCGGUGGGCACCAGUGAACCUGUUCCUUUUUUCGGAAAUGGCAUAUACCCACCACCAACAAGAACCUCGACCGUGACUUCGGAUCUGUAA